AUGCGCUCAGUCCAUAGUCCCCCUCCUCCGGCUGCUACGGGCGAAAAGCCUCCGGGGCACAGGCUGGGUCCCUCCCCGCCUCUCAGCGAGCGGCACGGACCCUGCGCCGCCCCGCAGCGCGCAUCACGGCGGGCGCCGCGCCGCCCCGCCGCCGGCCGGAGCACACAAAGGCGAGGGCGGGGGGCGUGCGGGCAGCGCAGCCCUCCGCCCGCGGGCAGACAAUGGGGAAGCCCGGCGGAGCCUCCCGCCGCUGCCGCCGAGCGAGCGAGGCCGCGGCAGCCCGAGGCGGCGCGCCCGUGCCCGCCGCUGCCGGCCCGCCGCCGCCCUCCUGGAGAGCGGCCGCAGCCUCCGCCCGCAGCACCGGCAACGCCGCUCUCCUCCCCGCCGUCCAGCGGGGACAGCGGCACCGGGGAGGGGCCGCCGGUUUAUGCCACGGCCACGGGAGCCGCCCACCGCCUCCGCCGGGCCGGGCAGGGCUGGGCAGGGCUGGGCAGGGCCGGGGGAGGUGCCGGGGAGCGGGAGCCGCGCUGGGGGCUCCGCUGGGAACUUCGAGGGGACGCGGCGGGGAGGGCGCUGUGCCCCCGGCGCCGCGGCCGGUGGGCGCUGGCCGUGACCCUCGGGGCGCGCUCCUGCUGUCGGCGGUGCUCGUGUGCCCGUGCUGAAGGCACCGCUUGGUUCCCGUCCCGAGGCCGUGCCGUCCAGGGUCUGGCGAAGCCUCCGCCUGAUCUCUGA